AUGUGGAUGCACACUACUAACCUGGUCGCUCUCGCUACGGCAUUCUUGGCGGCCACACAGCCUGUGCUGGCCUUACCCGGAACGCCUGGAGUGAACCAGGCCAUCCGCAUCGAUUACUUCAAGUCCCCAACCUGCAGCAAAGCCAACGGAUCUGCCUACACUUAUACGAUCGGGUCUCCUCAAGUCGGCCGAACCGACGGAAGCAAGACUGCGGAAUGCUUCUCACUCAAGAUGCCUGGAGACUCCCAGAGUCUCAAGGCCGUAAAUCCUGGAAAAGCCCAGGGGGGUAUUCUUGGCGACUACUGCUAUUUCUAUGACGACUGGGGCUGCAAGGGAAAAUCGGUCAAGCAGUUGGUUUUCGGGGCCGGAGCUAAUAAUGUCUGUCAGAAGGCGAGAAGUGGGGAUGGGUGGUUAUGGAAGAGUGCUUUGUGUUAUGUCGCAUAA